GCGCUGAAGURCUCGAAUUCAGAAAUCUGAUCUGCAACUCCCGAAUCUCCUUUGAAGCUAAUCGAAUCGUAUUUCUUCUUCUCGAUCUCUCUCUGAUGUCGAUUUUUGAGUACAAUGGGAGCGCCCUGGUGGCGAUGGUAGGUAAGAAUUGCUUUGCUAUUGCUAGUGAUCGCCGUUUGGGGGUUCAACUCCAGACUAUAUCCACAGACUUCCAAAGAAUUUUCAAGAUUCAUGACAAGCUUUUUCUGGGUCUCUCUGGUCUGGGCAGUGACGCCCAAACGCUUUAUCAGCGACUUGUAUUUCGCCACAAACUGUAUCAGCUACGGGAAGAAAGAGUUAUGAAGCCUGAGACUUUUGCCAGUCUUGUCUCUGCUGUUUUGUAUGAGAAAAGGUUUGGUCCUUAUUUCUGCCAACCUGUAAUUGCUGGUUUGGGAGAUGAUGACAAGCCGUUCAUUUGCACAAUGGACUCAAUUGGAGCAAAAGAGCUCGCAAAAGAUUUUGUGGUGGCUGGAACAGCCUCAGAGUCUCUUUAUGGUGCUUGUGAGUCCAUGUUCAAGCCUGACAUGGAACACGAGGAGCUGUUUGAGACCAUCUCCCAAGCGCUUUUAUCAUCAGUAGAUCGUGAUUGUUUGAGUGGUUGGGGAGGACAUGUCUACGUUGUCACACCAACCGAAGUGACCGAAAGAAUCUUGAAAGGUAGAAUGGAUUAAGCUUCUUGAUGAACCAUUUGGCUUUCGGAUCUGAAGUUGGUGAGUAUUGUCGUAAGCUUCGAUGUUAUUUAUGUUGGUGUCCUGUAGCUUAUUUCAGAAGUUUGUUUUAGGCUUUUGGCUUGAAAACUUWACCAAAUUCCAGACUUUCAUGUCAUCUUCAUUUCUCUCUAAGAAUGUGUUCUUUUAAUGGUUUAUCKCGGGGCUUAAACAUGAUGAAACCAAAUC